CUGCGCCGACCAGUCACAGAGAGAGCGCCGACUGCCGUGUCCGCGCCGCUGCUCCGUCCAGCCGGGUGGUCCGUGGUGUCGCCAGCGACAGUGAACCCUAGCGAGUGCCGCGCCCGUGUCUCAGUGUGUGUUUGAGUGUCAGGGUGAGCCGUACCCGCUCGGUCGGUCGUCUGACCGGUGUGUUUCUGUCGCCCUCGCUGUGCUGGGCGGCUGGUCGGUUCCGGUCCACUGCCCGUCCGCCGGCCGGUUGGUUGGUCGUGCCGCUCUGCGCGGCGGUUCAGCCGGCGAGGACGCGGUCCGGCGGCCCGCGGCGCGACACUCGGCGCCGGAUGCCCCCCGCCCGCGGCUGACUUCCGGUCACACUUCCGGCACGCGCGAUGCCGCUGUUUAACCGUCCGCGGCGGCGCGGCGACGCCGACAGCCCCGUGAACGGCCGCUCGGGCUCGGACGGCGGCAGCAGCUCGGGCGGCAGCCCCGGUCCCGGCCAGGAGCGCCGGCCCGAGUCGCCGGCGCGGCCCAAACUCGUGUUCCACUGCCAGCUGGCGCACGGAAGCCCCACCGGCAUCAUCUCCGGCUUCACCAAUGUCAAGGAGCUCUACCAGAAAAUCGCCGACUGCUACGACUUGCCGGUCUCGGAGGUACUAUUCUGCACAUUGAACACGCACAAGCUGGACAUGGCCAAACUUCUCGGAGGGCAGAUCGGCCUGGAGGAUUUCAUAUUCGCACAUAGAAAAGGUCAGGCCAAGGAGAUUGAGAUUGUGAAGACGGAGCAGGCGCUGGGUCUGACGAUCACCGACAACGGCGCUGGCUACGCCUUCAUCAAGCGCAUCAAGGAGGGCAGCGUCAUCUCACGGAUACCGCACGUUCAGGUGGGCGACCACAUUGAGAAGAUCAACGGCGUCAGUCUGGUGGGCAGCCGGCACUACGAGGUAGCCAAGAUGCUCAAGGAGAUCCCCGUGGACCAGGCGUUCGUGCUGCGGGUCGUGGAGCCGCUCAAGGCCGGGUUCGCCAACAUCGGACCGCGCACGGACCCACGGGCGGGGAAGAAGGCCGGCUACGGGUCCGGCAAGGCCACCCUCCGAUUGCGGGCCAACGGUCAAGCGCGCGUCGAGGAGGCGCCCUGUGGGAUGGUGGAGGCGGCUACCAACAAGAUCAACACACUCCUGGAGAGCUUCCUCGGCAUCAACGACUCGGAGCUCGCGACUCAGAUCUGGGAGCUGGGCGAGAACAAGGAGAACACGAUGGAUUUUGCCGAGGCCAUCGACAGCUCGGACCUGGAGGCGUUUGGCUUCACCGACGACUUUGUCAUCGAGCUGUGGGGCGCCAUCACAGACGUCAAGGCCGGCAGGGUCAAAUGACCACCGAGGCGCCCUGUGGAGUGACGUGAGGACGUCAGGUGACCCGGGCUGACCUCGGGCGAGCGUCAGGUGGCCUCCGAGUGGAGUGUGGCUGUUUGUGAGUGGUCCAUGAGGACUUGGUGUCUCGGUUAGGACGUGGUCGCUGUUCGAGACGGGACUCCAGAACAGAGGCACCUCUAAAGGCAACAUUGCGUGCUUCAAUUUAUGACACGCUGGCGCGAUGCUUCGAUUGGAAGGCCAUCUAGUAGAACUGUGAAGCAUUUCAAUCGCAGUGCAGUUAGAUAAGAAAUGCAGGUGCCUCUACACAACGGAGACACAACUGAGCCAACGGAGUCCAGGCACGCCAGGAGUGACAGUGCGAUAGACAUGACAACUUCAACUGACCAGAAUCCAUGUCACCGGCAGAGGAAAACACAGCGAUUGCGAGUGUUACGUUCCGAGACCCCAACAAGUCUCUGCCGCUCCGAAACGUGAAUCAUUCACUGAUGACUCACCGUGCACAUACUUUGGCACGAACAUAUGUGAGCGGUGUGUGAAUGUCCACACCUGUACAUCCACGUGCG